CCGCCAUUGAUAUUUCUCCAAUUCGAUUGCAAUUCAAUUCAUUUCCAUAAAUUCAUCUUCCCAAAACCACUCUUCAUUCCAACAUCACUCAUUCCGAAAUGAAACCGGUUCUGCCAACACAUUUUCGUGAUUUGUUCCAUUACUCCAGCUGCUUCUAUCUCUUCUCCUCCACCCUUUAGUUGCAGAAUUUUUGCUAUGGAUUUGAACAGCUUCCGAUCCUUCAUAUCGGAUUCCGGAAUUGAUGUCUGGACUUGCAUCGACAUGGCAAUAUCCGUGGCGUCUGCUGAUCAUGAAGUCGAGCUCCGGAAUCGGAGAGACGGAAUUGUCGAGAAGCUUUUCGCGCCGCCGUGUCAGAAUUGUGUGGAGAAGAAGGAUGAGAUCGAUCAGCAAAGUCUAGGUCUAAUUGAUGAUGAGGCAGAUGAGCAGAGGAAGAUUCUGGAAAUCAGGAAUCUUCUAGAUGAUCAUAGCCAGAAUGAGAGAUAUUUGAUUGAGAUGCUUCAGAGGCUUUUGGAGAUGAAUACUAGUUUUAUAACUCUCAAGAAUACUGAGAUAGGAAGACAUGUAACUAAACUGCGAAAGCAUUCAUCCAGUGAAGUUCGAAGACUGGUUAAAAUUGUUAUCAGAAAAUGGAAGGAGACUGUUGAUGAGUGGGUGAAACAGAAUACACCUAUAGAAGAAGAAGAAGUAGCCACUGAAUUCAAUGGUGAUGCAAGAAGUCAUCCAAAUCCACCAAAGCAGAGGAAGGCAAGGGAUAAUGGGGUGUUACUGAAUCAUGAAGGUUAUCAAGAAUCUCAAUAUGCCAAGAAACAAGUGAAGGAUAUUUCAAAACUCAAGAAUUCGGUUGUUUCCAACAAUGGAGGCAGAGGCAGUGUCCUUAUCAUCAACUGAUUAUAAAAAGAAAAAUGCAUUGAUUCUUGUAAUAGUUGGAGAAAGAUUCAAAGAAGAUAGAAUAGAGAGAGAGAGAGAGAGAGAGAGAGAGAGAGAGUCCCAUGUGAUUUUGUAGAGGUGAAUGAAUGUGGUUUAAUGGACAAAUUGCUGCAACUGUACAUGAAUGAGUAACUCACAUGAAAUAAAUUUAAUGUCACACAAUGUUGAUGAGAGGACAAAAAUUUCAGCUA